AUGGUCUCAAAUGGUACGACUAAUUGUUUUCUUUCAGACAUGAGCUUGGAAAUCCUGUUUGGCGAGUUCAACUAUGAACGAGCUAAGGAAUAUUGUAUUUCAUUGGAGAGUUUCUCAUUAAAACUGGCUAUUGCCUAUAUUAUUACGAUAUUCUCGAUAAAAUACUAUAUGAAGGAUCGAAAAGCUUACGAUCUACAAUUGCCAUUGAAUAUUUGGAAUGGUAUUCUGGCAGUGUUCUCAGCUCUUGGUUUCCUUUACACAUUCCCGACGUUUCUCAAUGUUAUCUAUAAUAAGGGCAUUUCAUACACAUAUACACAUAUUUCUGAAGUCUACACUGACAAGACGUCGGGAUAUUGGGUUCUUUUAUGGGUAUUGUCGAAAAUUCCCGAACUUGUCGACACCAUUUUCAUUGUACUGCGGAAACGACCACUGAUGUUCAUGCAUUGGUAUCAUCAUGCCCUGACUGGUUACUAUGCGAUUGUGAACUAUCAUGAGGACAACGCUCAUAUGUUCUGGGUGGUUUGGAUGAACUAUGCCAUUCAUGCAGCCAUGUACAGCUACUACCUUUUACGUUCGCUGCGAAUUCAAGUACCAGCCCAGAUUGCUCAAAUUAUCACUACCUCGCAAAUGAUCCAGUUCAUCGUUGCUAUUGCCGCCCAACUUCAUGUCGGUUACUUAGCUGUGACCAGUAGUGGCAAAACUUCCUAUGCCGUGACAUUCCGAGGCUGGGCAAUCGGCGUUUUCAUGCUUGUUACAUACCUUAUGCUAUGGAUACGAUUCUACAACAUCAGCUACUACAGUAAAGGAGGCAAGAAGUACGUGGCACAGAAGAAAACAGGUGGUGCCGACAAAAAGGAACAUUGA